AUGACCGAUUAUAAAGUAGCAUCUGCGUGCAUUGAGGAACUGAAAGAAAUUUGUAGUGAAUUACUAAAUGCUAAAGAAGAAGAAGUAUUCAAUAAGCUUAGUUUAUAUGACGAAUUUGAAGAGAAAAUAAAAAAAAUACAACCAAUAAUAACAAGAAUUAGAAUAAGAAGAAAUGAAACUAAUGAAGAAAAAAAGAUAUAUGGAGAAAAGAUGAUAAAAAAUGUUGAUGUUUUAUUAGAAAGGUUUGAUAUAUUAUAUAAUAUAUAUGAAGAAGAAUUGACUGUAUUUAAAGAAAAUUAUGAAAUUGAAAAAAAUAAAAGAAUUGAAAAAAAGUUAUUAGAAGAAAAAGAAAAAGAAAAUAAUGAAAAAGAAUUACUUAAUAGAGGAAGAAUAAAAACACAAUUAGAACAAGAAGAGAUUUUAAAAAAGAAUUUAGAAAAAGAAAAUUUACUAAAAAAAGAACAAGAAGAAUAUAAUAAUAAAAUGAAUAGAAUAGAAACUAUGAAAACCAUAAUUAAAGAGAAAUGUUCUUUUUUAUAUGAUGAAAUAUCAAAUGCAUGUAAUAAAUAUGAAACUAUUAAAUAUAUUUAUACACAAUUAAAUGGAAAUAAUGUUAAUAUUAAUAAUAUAUAUACAAAUAUUAUAAAUGAUAAUGAAAAUGAACUUUUAUUAAAUAAUUCUAUAUAUUUUAUUGAUUGUAUAUAUAUGAUUUAUAAAAAUAAUGAAUUCAAAUUAUUUAAAGAAGCAUUAAAAAAUUUAAUAGAAUAUUUAGAAGAAUUAGUUAAAAAUAUAGAUAACCAACAAUUAAAAUUAAUUAAUCUUAUGAAUAAAACUUUUCAAAAAAAUAUACUUUCAAAAAAAGGUAUCUUAUUUUUAUUUAUUUUAAUUGGUUUUGUUUUAAAAAAAACAGAUGAAAUUUUACCAAUAUUAAAAAAUAUAAAUACAGAUAUUAAUAACGAAAAUAUAUAUAUUUAUUUAGAAGAACCUAAUAUUACAACUAAUUAUGAUCAAUGGAUAUUAUGGUUCCAGCAUAUACAAAAAUGUGUCACCAUAUUAUGUACCUUUUUUAGACAUAUACAUAAAUUUUCUGAUAUCCCAGAUGAUGAAAAAAUAAAAUCCAUAUUUUUAUAUUUAAAAGAAAAGUUUUCAAAUGAACAGAAUGUAUCCACAUUAGGAACAUGA